AUGGGACAUCUCCAGACUCAAAUUUUGGACGAAUUCGGUGUCGAAAAAGUCACCGUUUCUGGCGAGGAAGUGUCCAAGAAAGACAACCCCGACGACCCAAAGCGUGGUACUUUCAAGGUCACUGUCAACGGAGCCGUUGUUCAUUCCAAAAAGGAUGGAGAUGGUCAUGUCGACAGCGAUGCAAAGGUUGAGAAGAUCUUCAACGCUAUUCAGAAAGCGAUGGAAUAA